UCAAAACAUUGCAUGAUUAUACUCUGCUAUACGCUCAUCAAAUAUAUACUCUUAUCUUCUUUUGAGUAGCCAUGGCCUCCUUAAGCUGUCACUUUCAUACCACCAACUUGUUGAAUUCUAAGAAUGUCAAUAGCGGGAAGAAGAAACGUUUCAUAUCUUGCUCAGCGCAGCCUACACAAAGCAAUAUUAAGGUUGUGAUUAAUGGGGCAACCAAGGAAAUAGGAAGGGCAGCAGUAGUUGCAGUGACUAAGGCUAGAGGAAUGGAAGUUGCAGGAGCUGUGGAUACUUGUCAUGUUGGGGAAGAUAUUGGAAAGGUCUGUGGCAUGGAAGAGCCCCUUGAAAUACCCAUAAUAAAUGACCUUACUUUGAUUUUGGGCUCUAUAUCUCAGUCCAAGGCACCGGGAGUUGUAGUUGAUUUCACCGACCCUUCCUCAGUAUAUGAAAACGUAAAGCAGGCAACAGCAUUUGGCAUGAAAAGCAUAGUUUACGUGCCUCGAAUCAAAUUAGACACGGUGGCUGCAUUAUCUGCACUCUGCGAGAAGGCCACCAUGGGUGUUUUGGUUGCACCAACCCUUUCCAUAGGAUCAAUAUUACUGCAACAAGCUGCGAUUUCAGCUUCUUUCCAUUACAGCAACGUCGAAAUUGUGGAGUCCAGGGCUAAUGCAAAAGAGCUUCCAUCAGCAGAUGCAAACCAAAUUGCCAACAAUCUCUCCAACAUAGGACAAAUCUAUAACAGAGAAGACUCUUCAACAGAUGUCCUGGCAAGGGGUCAAGUCCUUGGAGAUGGAAUUCGUGUUCACAGCUUGGUCCUCCCAGGACUUCCUUCUAGUACAGCAGUUCACUUCUCUGGUCCAGGAGAUGUUUACUCUAUCAAGCAUGAUAUCACAGAUGUGCAGUGCCUCAUGCCAGGCUUGCUCUUAGCCAUUAGAAAAGUAGUGCGUCUCAAGAAUUUGGUAUAUGGCCUGGAGAAGUUUAUAUGAAAAAAUGAUCCACCUCUUCAAUCUCCUUGCCAAACAUCACAUAGAAGGUUGCAAAAUAAGUAACAAAAUAGAAACAGGUCCUUCCCACAUUGUUUUCUAGCGACCCAAUUAUUCAAUCACAUCAUUUGAUGAAUUUUCCUUUUGGAAAUAUUUUUGUACAUCCGAUUAUAACUCAGAUGUAUUGAUGGCUUUUAUGUCAAAACGAUCUACCCAUUUUAA